AGGCGCCCUUCAGCUCACUUGCAGCGCACGUCGUUUUGGAGGGGACUGUGGCAGGAUCUUGUCAUUCUGCCCUGGGAAGCCCUAGCUUUCCCCCGCAGAGUGUCAGACAGAGAUGUCUAAUGCAAAAGAAAGAAAACAUGCUAAGAAAAUGAGAAACCAGCCCACCAAUGUGACCUUAUCCUCUGGCUUUGUGGCUGAUAGAGGAGUAAAGCACCACAAUGGAGGUGGAAAAGCUUUCCAAGCUCCAAGACUAGAUCCUUUUUCUGGAACUGCACCACCACGGCAAACCAAAACGACCCACUAUGCACCACCUGAGCCUGACGUGAGUGAGCAGCUUUCCUCCAGAGUAAUGUUUAAGAAAAAGGGAGGCUGGAGAGCAGGUCCUGAGGGCACAUCGCAGGAGAUUCCCAAGUAUAUAACAGCCUCUACUUUUGCUCAGGCUCGAGCUGCUGAAAUCAGCGCUAUGUUGAAAGCAGUGACUCAGAAGUCUUCGAAUUCGCUGGUUUUCCAGACCCUGCCACGACACAUGAGACGAAGAGCCAUGAGCCACAACGUCAAACGCCUUCCGAGACGCUUACAGGAGAUGGCUCAGAAAGAGGCAGAGAAAGCAGUACAUCAGAAAAAAGAACAUUCAAAAAAUAAAUGCCAUAAAGCUCGAAGAUGUCACGUAAACCGGAUGCUAGAAUUUAACCGUAGGCAAAAGAAGAACAUAUGGCUGGAGACGCACAUCUGGCACGCCAAGCGGUUUCACGUGGUCAGGCAGUGGGGCUACUGCCUCGGGGAGCGGCCGACGGUCAAGAGCCACAGAGCCUGCUACCGAGCUAUGACGAACCGCUGCCUCCUCCAGGACUUGUCCUACUACUGCUGUCUGGAGUUGAAGGGCAAAGAGGAAGAAAUACUGAAGGCGCUUUCUCCGAUGUGCAGCAUAGACACAGGAUUGACGUUUGCAGCAGUUCACUGCCUGUCUGGAAAGCGCCAAGGCAGUCUCACGCUUUACCGGGCACAUAGAUACCCCCACGGCGUGCUGGGGCCUGUGACGUUUAUUUGGAGGCCCGAGAGGACCCCCGGUGACACUUCCGCGAGCAGGCAGCUGUGGAUCUGGCUUCACCCGACUCUUAAACAGGAUAUUUUAGAGGAAGUGAAAGCAGCGUGCCAGUGCACAGAACCCGUCACACCGACCCCCUGCGUCCCCGACCCCCUUCCGACUCCGUCCCAUGGCCAGAGCCAACCUGCACUGCCCGACGAGAAAAUUGGCAAGAAGAGAAAACGGAAAGAUGAUGGAGAAGAUGCUAAACCAGUUAAAAAAUUUUUCGGGGACGGAACUAGAGAUCCACAUCAGCCCCGUUCUUGGAUCUCUGCAGCCACAGGCAUUGUGAUCAGUGAUUUGACGAUGGAGAUGAACAGGUUCCGCCUGAUUGGUCCACUCUCCCACUCCAUCCUAACUGAGGCGCUAAAAGCUGCUUCUGUCCACAUGGAGGGAGAGGACACAGAAAAGACACCUCACCUUUGGUGGAUUGAAACCUGUAAGAAUCCUGAUGCUGUUUCCCUUCACCGCAGACAGGAAGCCAUUUUUGAAUUGUUGGGAGGAGUUACAUCACCAGCAGAAAUCCCAGCAGGUACUGUUCUGGGACUGACAGUUGGGGAUCCUCGUAUAAAUUUGCCUCAAAAGAGGUCCACAGCUUUGCCCAAUCCAGAAAAAUGCCAAGAUAAUGAGGAGGUUAGACAGCUGCUCCUGGAGGGUGUGCCUGUGGAGUGUGCGCACAGCUUUAUUUGGAGCCACGCUGUCUGUGAGAGUGUCACAGAGAACAAAAUCUCGGAUCAGGAUUUAAACCAGAAGAGAAGUGAGUUGCUGGUGCCUGGGUCACAGCUUGUUCUAGGUCCCCACGAAUCCAAGAUACCCAUCCUUCUGAUCCAGCAGCCGGGCCGCGUGGCUGGAGACGACCGGCGAGGCUGGGGGAGCGGCUGGGACGUCCUGCUGCCCAAGGGCUGGGGCAUGGCUUUCUGGAUUCCCUUUAUCUACCGAGGUGCAAGAGCAGGGGGGUUAAAAGAGGCCAGAGUGCAUUCUCAGUACAAGCGGUCACCUUACGUCCCGGGCGAUUUCCCAGACUGCUCUGCCGGGGUUCUGUUUGCUGAAGAACAAGCCAACGAUCUUCUUGAAAAGUACAAAAGACGCCCUCCUGCCAAACGGCCCAACUACGUGAAGCUGGGCACCCUGGCCCCUUUCUGCUGUCCCUGGGAGCAGCUAACUCGAGACUGGGAAUCGAGAGUCCAGGCCCGGGAGGGGUCACCUGGAGCUUUCCCGCCGAGAGGGGAGGGGAGCGACCUGAGAGGAGACGAGGUGCCUUGCGUUCCCACGCCUGAAAAACCCCGUCAGGCGCCUGAUGAAGCCGACACACCGCUACAGGACGCCAGGGGGCCCGAGGGAGAAAGGGACACGGAGUGUCCGGCCCAGGCGGGGGCUGCGGGGCUGCCAGGCCAGGACGCCACUGGCAGCCUCCUCUGUGUUCUGAGGAGCAGAGCGGCACUGAAGCAGCUGUCAGCCUGGUGCGGGCCCAGCUGUGGGGGCCGACGGGCAGCCCAGCGUGCUCCCGGCAGGGGCCAGCGAGACCUGACCCCGGAGGCCUGCCUGCCCCUCUUGGACCGCUUCCCCAGGGCCCUGGUGUGGGUCAGCCUGUCCCUGCUGGGGAAGGGCAGCCCGGAGCCACGCACCAUGAUCUGUGUCCCAGCCGAGGAGGACUUCCUGCAGCUCGGCCGGGAUCGGCUCUACUGUGGGCCCCAGGAGCCCAAGCACAGCGACCCCUUCAAGAGCAAGAUCCGGAAACAGAAAGAGAAGAAGAAAGUAGAAAAGAGGCAGAACCACGGACCUGCCGGGUCUGAGGGCCUGCCGGUGGGGGGCCCUGCGGUGGGGCUCCCGGCUCUGACCCUGGGCUUGUGGUCAGGUCCCCUUCCCGACGUGACUUCUCACUGCUCCCGAGCUCUCCUGGGCUUUGUCACCCAGGGAGACUUCUCCAUGGCUGUGGGCUGUGGAGAGGCCCUGGGGUUUGUCAGUUUGACGGGCUUGCUGGAUACGCUGUGCAGGCAGCCGGCAGCGCAGAGGGGCCUGGUGCUGCUGCGGCCCCCCGCCUCUCCGCAGUACCGGUUUGCGAGGAUAGCCAUCGAGCUGUGAAUGCCGGUUACACUCCUGCCGGGGCGCAGGUGACAGCUGCUUGCCUGCUCCACCGUAGGCCGGUUUGGUUUCAGCUGUCUUUUGCUUUGAAAUAUGUGAAAUUCCUUGGAAACAAGAAUAAAAAAAUUACGUAUUAUGCAAA